AUGGACCCCGAUGAGCUAACGCACCACAUCGACGCCCUCCUGUGCAUCACCUCCAACUCGGCCGAUCAUGCGAGUGCGCUCAUGGCUUUGGAAGUUGGAUUGGCGGGACUCGUAGUCGGAUCUGAGCACGAUGAAGGGGAAGAAGAGGAAAGUCUGCGUGAACGCGUGCGUAGGCCGAAGCCGACGACGCGUCUCGACGCGUUCUUGAGGCUGCAGGACAGGUUCGAGUACAACAGUACGUCCUCGUACUUGACCGGAUGUACGGAAGCGGGCUUGCUGAUGUCGUUUGGGAUGACCGGGGGGUAGUUACGACCGUGUUGUUGCAUUGGUUGGGCAGCUCGAUCGUGAUCAUGACCCAGCCGAGGAUCGAUCAACUCGGUCAGUCCCUGCUAACGAUACAGGUAGCAGCUCUCGCCGAACCUGACCGCUGUCGAGGUGGUACAGAUACGGAUCUGCUUCGUUCCAACUUGAUUCGGUGUUUGGCUUUAUUGCAAGGUCUACUGUUGAUGCAUCGCCCAAGUCGAGCGCUGUUCGUUCGACGCUCUGCCGUCCAGGUACGCUCUACUCCACCACCCCAUCCUACUAUUUUGCCCAACAAGUCGAACUAGGCCCCUAAUAUGAUUACCGCAACAGUCCCUACUAGCAGUGCUCGACCUAUCCCGCCCCUCGCACGUCUCCUCCCCACUCUUAUCCCACCCACCGGCCUCGCCUUCUCCAAUCCAUUUCCCCAGUCCUACUACUACCUCGCAUCAUCCCUCGACCCCUCGCACCGCGCGCAGCAGCAGCCCACCUUCCUCACUCUCAACCUCAACCUCCCCUCCGAACCGUACCCCUCCCCAAACGAACCUUUCGAAUCCCAAGAACGACCCUAGUCGAUUAUCGCUCGCCGCAUUGGAAGCGCUUCUCUGCGCUGUGGUCGACCGGGCCGAGAAUAUGAGAACGUUUGAACAGGUCGGAGGAUUGGCGACGAUUGUGAGGAUGUUGAAGGAUAAAACGGUCGGUCAGAGCGUGAGGUACGUUCUUAUUUUUUUAUCGAAGGGGUUUUGGGGAAUAGUUGGGGGGGUGGCAAGAACAUGACGAAAAGCUAAUUGAAAAAGGGGGUUUUUUUUUUAUCUUUUUCAUUUGGGUUUCGUCCGCUUCGGGUAUGAAAAAAGGAUCAAAGUUAUCGAACUACUCUACUACUUCUUACUACCCGAACAAGAACCCCAUACUUCAAACACCGCACACCCUUCCCCCACCCCGAACGAGAUCGACCCCAACCCAAGACCGCACACUCCACCCAUCACCUCAACGACCCCGACCAAAUCACCUUCGAAACGGAGCUUCGUCUUGCCGAGGGAAGAACGUUUGGCGCAUGCUUCGCGCGGUUUCGUACCGCAGACUCCGGUCAAGGUGAGGAGGUUCAGGAAUGGGAGCGGGAGCGAUGAGGACGUAGGGGAUUCGAGUCCUUCGGAGGAGGCUGAGGAGCGGGAGGAGGAGGAGGAUGAGCGCACACCUCGGAGAUCGAAUGGGAACGGUCGAACCAUGCGAUCUGGGAAGGAAGUGGUUUCGGUAGGGAAGAGAGUGACGAGAACGACGAAGGAGAAGAAGGAGAUGUUGAGGAAGGUGAUGCCGAACGUUGAUGCGUUGGAGGAGAGGUUCAGGGCGAUGGGUUUGGGGUUGGGAUUGGGCUGA